AUGGGCUCCGUGGUGAUAUCUGUGGUUUUAAAUUAUUCAGAAAUUGUAACCUCCAACAAAAUAUCACAAGCAUCUCUUAUUCUUUGCGAGAUCGAUCGUCAGGCGAAGUUAAUAAUUAAAAUGCAAGACAAGACAACGAUGAUAUCCAAUCCAGAUAAUUCCCAUGAGCCUCCUAAAUGUUUUUCAUUCGACUAUUCCUAUUGGUCGCAUGAUGGUUAUAAAGAAACUGAAGACAAAAUCUUGGUUCCCAAACAAGAUUCUCAUUAUGCCGGGCAACAAACAGUUUUUAAUGACCUUGGAAAAGGCUUACUUAAUAAUGCAAUUGAAGGUUAUAACUGUUCUUUGUUUGCCUAUGGACAAACUGGAUCAGGAAAAUCCUAUUCCAUGAUUGGAUAUGGGCCAAACAAAGGAAUCGUCCCAAUUGCUUGUGAUGAGCUGUUCAAAAGAGUAAACAAUAAUGAGGAUCCAAAUCUAAGUUAUGAAGUGUCAUUCUCCAUGAUGGAGAUAUACAAUGAACAGGUACGUGACCUGCUGACAAAGGAGAACCCAAAGGGAGGUUUACAGGUGAGACAAAAUCCUAAGAUGGGAAUGUUCUUUGUUGAGGGUUUACAAAUGAUUCCAGUUGGCAGCUACAAUGACAUUCAGAGAAGAAUGGAACAAGGAUCUGAACGUGUUGACAGCACAGGAGCCACAGGAGACAGACUGCGUGAAGGGGCUAACAUCAAUAAGUCUCUUUCAGCUCUUGGUAAUGUCAUAUCGGCACUUGCUGAUCUGGCUUCAGGGAAAAAAAAGGUUUUGGUACCCUACAGAGAUUCUGUCCUUACAAAACUUUUGAAAAAUGCUUUGGGGGGCAAUAGCCGGACAGUAAUGAUAGCUGCCUUGUCCCCAGCAGAUAUCAAUUAUGAAGAAACUUUGUCCACCCUACGGUAUGCAGACAGAGCCAAAAAAAUCAAAAAUAAUGCUGUGAUAAAUGAAAAUCCCAUGGAUAAAUUAUUAAGGGAAUUAAGGUUGGCAGCAGCCAGGUCAAUGGACAAUGAAUCCAUUCAUGGUGAUCUCCAGCAGCAACAAAUAACUCAGGAAAAAGUUCUGGAAAUCUUGCCAAUGGUUUCUGAAGUGAAUGCUGUCUCUGAUGAACUGAACAAGCACAAAUCCUUCGAAGUUGUCCUUAUGCCCUCCCUAGCAAUUUGUGGACGAGUAGAUGACCAAAAAUCUGUAAAUGUCAUGGUAAAAAUGAAAGAUUUGUUAAAUGAAAAUACCUGGCUUUGGGAAAGAGGACGUUUUAUGAAUCGAAGAUAUCUUAUCCAGGAACUGUAUCAAAAAUACCAAGAUGGAGAAGAUGUCUCCCAGAUUUCCAAAGAGGACGACCCUUUCUGGGAGGCCCCAGAAGAUACAUUGGUUGGCACUGCUAAUGUCUUCCUGCAGUCUUUAUCAUAUUGUCUUGAGUUUGAAGACCGUAUCAUUGUUGCUGACUACAAAGGCACAGAAGAAGGUUUCAUCACAGUAAAUGUAGCUCCCUGUUCAGUUAGCGGAAACACCACAGGUGAGGACACAUUUGUGGAGGAUCCAAAAGAAUUGUUGGAACAUGCAUUUCAUUUUAAGGUUAUGAUAAAGGAUGCAACAGUCUAUAAGGAUCGUUUCUGCAAAGGUCUGCGAAUCCGGUAUCGUACUGGAGCCAACACUACAUUUGUUGAAACAGAUGUCAUAACUGGAACGUUAAAUCCAGUCUUCAACCAUUCCAAAAUUUUCAGCUUUCAUCCACUUACAGAAGAGCACCUGAACUUGUUUCAAACUGGGUGCAUCACUUUCUGGUUAUUUGCCCGUCAAAAUGACAAAAUUAAUGACAGCAAUAACCUUAAGAUGACAACACGGGGUGGUGGGUCAUCGUCCCCUGUUGAUGAUCAAGGGGAGACAAUCAGUUUAUACAUAUUUGGAGAAGAUGAACAAGCAUUGGCAGCUGAAGCAAAGGAGUCAGGAGGCAUUAUUGAUUAUUCUAAGGUGGUUAACCAACACUGCACAGAUAACCUGAAACAGAAGAUAAACCUGACUGAAGAAUUCUUGAAACAUUGCAGUGAAGACAGAUCAACGCCCAGAGACACAGUUCCUACUGGAAACCAAGAGAAAAUCCGAAACAUGGUGUUUUUUUUUUCUCUCUCUCUCUCUCUCUUUAGAUCCUCUUUUGCUGGUUUACAAACCCCAGAUUUCCCCUUUUUCUUCUUCCUCCUCCUCUUUUUACUUCUAAUUUGGCAUCUAUUGUUUGUCAGGCUUUAUAGGCAAACUUAUUACUGUGUGAAUGUGAAAGAUUCUUCUACAAUUACACCACAACCAGAAGAAAUCCAUUUCAUCACUGAGGUGGUAUAUUCUGUACAGAGACGAGAGGGGGGGGGGAUAUCAUUAAAGGGAGAGAGUGAGGAAGGAAGAAUAGCACAUGAUCACAUGACCAAGGUGGGAUUCAGUGAUUGGUCCAUAGGUAAUUUGGUUGGCUGA